GGCGUCCGUCGCGCGCUCGGCCCGCGGAAAAUCGUGCGGAAAAAUCGCGCCGGAAAAGUUUCUCGAGCGGUCCGAAAAAAGUUUUCCCGAUCGCCUUGCAAUACAAAUUGAUAUGGCUCUUGGAAAAUUCGACGGGAUGCAAUUCGACGAAGCAGCAGUUUAUGAACAUGUCAGUAAUCCUCGCACGUAAGGCGUAGAGAUAAUCGAUUGGACGAAAUCGAACGAAAUGAAUCCUCAAAUACAGAUGUCGCCUCUAAUCCUGCUGAUGCUCAUCAUUUCUCGACCAUCCCACGGAUAUCCCGAAAUCCCCGCCGACGAUUUGACAAACGAGAAUAUCACCGACGAUUUCAUUUCCCUCUUCGACAUCGAUAAUGAAAAUCUCACCAUCAUCGAACUGCUCGAAGCUAUAUCUUUGAACAUCACCAACGUUUCCUCGGCGAUGCCGCUGCUGACGGAGAUGUUCCUGGAGCUGGUGAGGCCGAACACCUGGACGUGGAUCCUCAUCUUCUGCCACUGCGUGGUGUUCUUCGUGGGCUUGGUGGGGAAUUGCUUGGUCUGCGUGGCUGUCUACAGGAACCACAGCAUGAGAACGGUGACGAAUUAUUUCAUUGUGAACCUGGCGGUGGCGGAUUUCUUGGUGAUACUCUUCUGCCUGCCUCCGUCGGUUAUUUGGGACGUCACCAUGACCUGGUGGUUCGGGACUGGCUUGUGCAAGAUCGUGCUCUAUUUGCAGAGCAUGUCGGUGACUGUGUCUGUUCUAACACUAACCUUCAUUUCAUUGGAUCGUUGGUACGCGAUUUGUUAUCCACUCAAGUUCAAAUCCACCACGGGGAAAGCAAAAACUGCCAUCCUAAUAAUCUGGAUCAUCGCGAUGGUUUGUGAAAUUCCCGAACCAAUAUCAUUGAGCGCUGUUCCUUUAAUAUCCAAUGGCUCUGUAAAUGUGAUUUAUUUCACCCAAUGCAAGCCAGAAUGGUCAGUUGAUGUCGACAUGAUUUUCAUCACCGUGAAAAUGGUGUUUUUCUUCUUAAUUCCGCUGUUGUUCAUGAUCGUCGCCUAUUCGCAAAUCGUGAGAGUGUUGUGGAAAUCGGGAGAAAUGCCCCAUCAGGCGAUGAAUCCCGGCGGAAGGAUGAACAUGACAGGCGGCCAAUUAAACACUUUCGCCAUGAAUACCAACACCAGCACCGAAGGGCAAUUGAAAUCGAGGAAAAAGGCCGCUAAAAUGCUCGUUGUAGUCGUCGGGAUGUUCGCCAUUUGCAUCUUCCCCGUCAAUCUGCUAGCUGUACUCAGAGCAGCUAAUAUGCUAUUUCACAGCGAUCUAAACCAGAUACUAUCAUUGAUGUCCCAUUGGUUGUGCUACGCAAACAGCGCCAUUAAUCCUAUUAUAUACAACUUCAUGAGCGGUAAAUUCCGCAAGGAAUUCCGCAGGGCGUUCGAAACUUGCUGUCAAAGGGAAUCCAAAAGACACCAUUAUUAUUCCGGUGGUACUUUCUACCACAAGGACUCCGGUUUCGCGUCCAGAUCGCAGUCGAAGAGCGACAACGAGAAGCACAAACUGAGCACGUUCAGGGACAGGGAGAACAUGAAAUUGAUCAGGAAAAAUACGAGGACCACCGUCGUGCAAGUAGACAUUUAAAUUUAUGAGAAAUUAUUUGCCCAACAUUGAGGUUUAAUUUUAAUUAAGUGUAGUGGUAUAGCGGUACCCGACAUAUCAACUUCUAAUAGAAAGUUUCGAGGACUUUUAUUGUUGCGAAAAAUUAAAUUAGAUGCAUGUAUUUAUUUUUUUUUUGAAGAUUUUGAAUAUAUAGGGUGUUAAUUAAUUGAUUGACGAUAGUUCAGGAUGUGAAUAAUUGGAUGAUUUUAAUAAGAAAAGUUUAUA